AUGAUGGUCAAGGCACAGAAUGCUUUUGAAGUGGAAGGAUUCUAUGAAGAAACAUUCUAUCCAAUGCUUAACUUAUCCAGUACAGAUUUAGUUGAAAACUUGGAAUAUCUUUCAAAACAAUUCAAUCGUUAUUUUCCGUUUUCCAUUUUUCUUUUUGGCAUGAUUGGAAAUAUUCUUAAUUGUUUUGUUUUAUCACAACCGAAUCUUCGCAUGAAUCCAUGUGCUUAUCUUUUUCUAAUUUCGUCGAUUGCGAAUAUUAUUUCUAUUACUUUUGGUUUAGCAACACGAGUUUUAUCCGGCUGGCAUAUGGAUUUAGCAGCUCAAAAUGUUUUGAUUUGCAAAUGUCGUGCAUUUGUUGUGUUCGUUUCACGAACAAUUGCUUUUUGGCUUAUUGCAUAUGCUACCAUCGAUCGCUGGUUUUCAUCAUGUAUUCUGCAUCAACGAAGACAAAUGAGUUCAUUAAAAAAUUCACAGCGAGUGACCAAAAUUAUCAUUCUUGCUUCCGUUCUUCUUUAUUGUCAAAUGAUUUAUUGUUAUGAUGUAAAUAUUACUGCAGCUCCACUUCAAUGCUAUGGUAAAAAUGUAGUUUGUCGUUCUCUAACCGAUUUUACAUAUGCAACGAUAACUGUAUUAAGUCCAUUGCUAAUUAUGUGUAUAUUUGGUUUAAUCACAAUAUCGAAUAUACGGCAUCAUUAUUAUAAGCGAGCAUUAAAAAGAAAGGCAUUUAAAGUAAAUCCGAACAAUAAAACAACAUUCAAAUCCGUCAGCAUUCAACGACGACGAAGAAAGCGAAUAAAUCGUUAUCUGCAUCAUGUACUAUUCGUUCAAAUUGUUUUUCUUUCAAUUCUAACAGUACCACAAGCGAUUGAAAAAAUCUAUACGACAUUAACGGUGAAUACAAAAAAAUCAUCGUUACAUAUGACUAUUCACAAAUUUAUUUAUAAUUUUGUAUUGCUUCUCACUUAUUUGGCUAGCGGAUUACCAUUCUAUAUCUAUACACUAUGCGGUGGAAGUAUAUUUCGUAAUACGCUACUGAAUUUGUUGAGAAAAAUUAUUCCUAACUAUAAUUAA